CCCCCCCUCUCUCUUUCUCUCUCUCUCUCUAUCUCUCUCUCUCUCCCUUUCAUGUAUAGCCGUGAAGUCUCCACCAUUAUCAACACAGAGUCGCAUUGAUCUUGAGCCCAACACAGAGAGAUCGAUCGGCCAUUGUAAUGGGGUCACAGGAGUCAAUGCGGGUGCCGCCAUGGCUUGAAUCGUUGCUGUCGACAUCGUUUUUCGCCGUCUGCCGGAUACACGGCGAUGCCGCCCGGAGUGAAUGCAAUAUGUAUUGUCUUGAUUGCAAUGCCGACGCAUUCUGCUUCUACUGCCGUUCUUCCCGUCACAAGGAUCAUCGUGUAAUUCAAAUAAGGAGAUCAUCUUAUCAUGAUGUAGUGAGAGUUUCUGAAAUCCAAAAGGUUCUUGAUAUAAGUGGAGUACAGACUUAUGUGAUAAACAGUGCUAGAGUUCUGUUUCUUAAUGAGAGACCUCAACCCAAGAGUGGUAAAGGGGUAUCUCAUCUCUGUGAGAUAUGUAGCAGAAGCCUCUUAGAUCCAUUUCGUUUCUGUUCAUUGGGAUGUAAGCUUGUAGCAAUAAAGAGAAAUGGGGAUGCAAGCUUUAGCAUAGAGAGUGGAGGAGAAGGGAUAUCAAGAAGAGUGGAAAGAGAGGAAGAAGAGUUGCGUGAAGGAAACCAACAAGACAUAUACCCUUCUACGCCAUCUCCACCUGCAAAUCCAAGAAGAAGGAAGGGAAUCCCACAUAGGGCACCCCUUGGGACUUAACCGUGGGAAUUGGGAAUUAAGAAAGGCAUUUUCCUGAAUUCCUGCGAAGGACUAAGGAAGAGGAGGAGGAGGAGGAGGAGGAGGAGGAGGAGGGUGGGUUAGGUAACAAGGCUCAUGUGGGGUUAACAAGUCCAAAUCACUACUACAUCUCUCUUUGUCAAUCUCUUUCUCUCUCUUUUUCUGAUACAUCUCUUUCUAUUUCUCUAUUUUAAACUCACUCUCUUGUGCUUGUGCGCUUGUGGUGGGAGAGGAGCAAUAAUGCAGGGAAUUCCAUCCAUGGGAAGGUGGCAAGGUGUAUAUGUAAUUAAUUAAUGAAAGCAAAGUCCAUUGUUGAAGUCAGUUAAA